GGGGCUAAAGUUUGUAUAUAAAAUCCCUCCAUUUACAAAACCCUAAGUUCUAUUCGUCCUUUGCUUCCGCGCUGCGCCACCCAGAGAGUAGAGUCUCACAGUUUGAUUGCUUUACAAUGUCGACCGCUGAGCUUGCUUGUUCCUACGCCGCCAUGAUUCUUCAUGACGACGGCAUCGCAAUCACAUCAGAGAAGAUUGCCGCCUUGGUGAGAUCAGCUAAUGUGGCAGUGGAAUCAUACUGGCCAAGCCUCUUUGCCAAGCUUGCUGAGAAGAGGAGCCUUGAGGACCUUAUUUUGAAUGCUGGCUCCGGUGGCUGUUCUGCUCCUGUAACUGUGGCUGCUGCUUCUGGUGGUGCUGCCAGUGCUGCUGCUCCUGCAGUUGAGGAGAAGAAGGAAGAACCCAAAGAAGAGAGUGAUGACGACAUGGGAUUCAGCUUGUUUGAUUAGGAGAGUUCAUAUAUGAGUUGUGCUGUUUUUUUAAAAUUUUAUUUUAGACAAUUUAGGAUGAAUUGAAGUUGAAAUUUUUGUUUCAAGUUGAGAAAUUUUUUCCCAGUGUUGUACGUUGAAAUGGCUCUACUCAUCAUCCCAUAUAUGUUCUAAAAGCUUUUAACUUGGCAACUGAGUUGGAAGAAGAUAUUGACGGUUUUGUUUUAA